AUGGACCCAUCGCACAUGGCCUUUGACGGCCACAUGGAUCAAAAUGGCCCGUCUGCCAACGACAUGCUCAACCUUCCCCUCGACCUCGAUGCCAUGAUGGCUGCAGACAAUACCAUGUCGACCAGCCUCGACAGGUUGUUCGCUCAAUGCGCCAACGACGACUCAUGCCUCGACCACCAUCACCACCUCCGCCAACUCAGCUCCAGUCACAAAGCCCAGGCCAGCUUUGCGCCUCCUCUGCCACAGCAACACCACUCGACGAGCCCCCUUGCCACGUCGUCCUCGCUCCAGGCGCACCCCCAUGAUUAUACAUGGGAAAACUUCCUCAACGACUCUGCUCUCGGCAACUCAGCCUUGCAUAACGGCGACCUCGGCCUAUGCCAAGCUGACGACUGUGCCUCGGAGUGCAGUUCCGAGUGUGACGGCUCCUGCCCCAGCCAAUGCGGCGACACUGGCCAUGGCGUUUGCUGCGACGACGAUGCUUGCGGCAGUCCCCAACUGUGUCUCGAUGAAGACUGCCAGGGUGCGCGCCGCCCUUGCAUGGACGAGAGCUGCCUGACGGACACGACGCUCGGCAAGCAGCCGUCGUCUGGCCACGCCAUGACGGACUGCGACAAGGCUGCCGCAGCGGCCCUCGCCUCCUUUGGCGGCGAUGGUCCGCUACAGAUGGUUCAGGCCGGUUUUAUGCAGCCCCCGGCCUCCGCCUCUGCGCCAUCACGGACCGCGCCACUGUCCUUCGUCCCUCUCCCCGAGAGCCUUCCUUGCGGCAGCCUUUCCAUGGAGUCCAUGUUGACCAACGGGCCCUCAGGUUUUCCCAACCAGCCUUGCCAGAUGGCUAUUGAAUACGCUCUUGCAAGCCACAUCAUGCAGUACCAUGAUCCUUCUCACGGUCUGGCCCAUACCGGCAACUGUGUGGCUAACGAUCCAGCCCAGCUGAUUUCCCGCUGCACGCUGCCAAAGUUCCAUCCCAACGACAGUGCCAUGGACCCCUAUUUGUCUCAGCUCCAGGGCCACGAAUGUGGCUUCCAGGUUCAGGAUCCAAAUGCCUUUGCGCAACACAUCUUUGAAGAGCACCGGCCAACUCCUAUGCUUCAAUCUCAAAUAUCUAGAUUUCCAGAAGCCACCCACCCUCAAGCUCAAGUUGGGAGCAACGCAUCCUAUCAUUGCAAGCCUCGCGCGGGAUACAACGCGACUUCCCGCGCCCCCUUUGGCCAGCACUUCUCGCCAUCCCCGUCGCCCUUGACCAACUUGUCGGUCGGCCAUUCUCUUUCCACGACACCGUCCUCGCUCACCACACCCUCGCCGCUUGAAUCCGAUGAGGACCAGUUCCUCUGCCGCUGGCUGACGGGCAACGGCGAUGGCAUCUGUGGCAAGCGCUUCGAUGACGACGAACAGCUGCAGAAGCAUUGCAAGUUUGACCACCUCAAGCAGUUGAAGAAGGCUCGCGGGGGGUUUCGAUGCGGCUGGGCAAACUGCACAAGGGAUACGUGCUUCACCCAGCGGAGCAAAGUGGAGCGGCACAUGCAGGUACACACGGGGUACAAGCCUGUCCGUUGCGAGAUUUGCGGGGCGUCCUUGUCCGCCAAGCAAGCCCUUGACCAGCACAUGAGGAUUCAUACCGGCGAGACACCCUGGGUCUGUAAAUUCCCGGGUUGCGACUGCGCCUUCAAGCAGCAAAGUGCCCUGACCAUGCACGAGCGAACUCACACGGGCGACAAACCCCUCGAGUGCGAGAUUUGCCACAAGAGAUUUAGCGAGUCGUCCAACCUGUCCAAGCACCGCAGAACGCACAACGUCAAGGGCAUGCACGAAUGUCAGCUCUGCGGCAAGGACUUUCACAGGCUGGACCAGCUUCGGAGGCACAUGGGCACGAACCACAAAGACAGGGCUGCCGAGGUAGACGCCCUUCUCAGCAGAGCCAUGCCCAAGUCUCAGAUUCACAGGGUGUCGAAAGCAGCCAAGACCAAGGCAGGGGCCAGGGGCAAGGCAGGAUUGAGGGGCCUCGACGCUGACACGCUUGAGGUGAUUGAGGAUCAGCUUCAGAGGGUCAUGAUGGAUCAAGGGUCUUUAUGA